UUUAAGAUGUAAAUAUGACAUUCGUUCUUCUCUGCCGUCAGCCGAAGUGUUCAAGUAAGUGAGCGCUUUGAAAUCAUCCGUCACUAGUAAACUACAUUAGAACAGUGGCUUUGAGUCUCUGCGGUACUUGCUGCUGUGUGCGACAACUGUGUCGAAACCGAGUGUAUCACCGAAGUGAUUCGGAAUCCGAGUAUCAGAACCAAGGAGGAGUCAUUUCAGUAACACAAGGAGAAAAAGAGAAUAGAGGAACAAGCAUGAAUAUGGCUCAUUCACACCAGGCCCUUCAGUUUAAGCAGGAGGGAAAUAAAUUCUUCGGCAAGAAGAAGUACGAAUCAGCUGUGGAUUGUUACUCAAAAGCGAUCAAACUAGACCCGAAAGUACCCCAGUUUUAUACUAACAGAGCCUUGUGCUACCUGAAACUGCAGAGUUGGCAAAAGGCAGUAUCGGACUGUAGAUGUGCCCUUGAGAUGGAUCUCAAAUCAGUCAAGGCCUACUUCUUCCUCGGACAGGCGCUCUCAGAACUGGACUCCCUUGAUGAAGCUUGCUCCUGUCUGCAGAAAGCAUACCAACUCACUAAGGAGCUGGACAUGAAUGUCGGUGAUGAGUUGGCGAAUACCUUGAGACAAGUGAAGAAAAAGCGCUGGCUAAAACUGGAAGAAAAGCGGAUGAAACAAGAAAUCGAAUUAGAAAAAUAUUUAAUCAAACUUGUCGAAAGAGACUUUGAAGAGAAGGCUAAUGUCAGUUCUAAAGUUCCAAAUGAUUCUGAGAGUUCGGAAACACAUGCUGAAGUUUCAAUAGAAGAUUCUAAGAAGGCGAAGGAAACCAGAAUCAAUGAAGUUUUGGAUCUUUUCAGACAAAUUGACGAGCGGAGACAAAAGCGAGAAGUGCCCGAUUUUUUGUGCUGCAAAAUCAGUUUUGAAUUGCUGGAGGAUCCAGUCGUUACUCCGAGUGGAAUUACAUACAAUAGAAAAGAACUGGAGGAACACCUUCAACGUGUAGGUCACUUCGACCCGGUCACGCGCGUUGCUCUCACUCAGGAAAAACUAAUCCCGAAUCUGUCCAUAAAAGAGGUAGUCGAGGACUUUAUAGCAAAUAACAAAUGGGUCGACGGUUACUGAAAUCACGGAUGAAGUUAUUAUGUUUUCACAAUUUUUUCUUUUUUGAAGACUGGUUUGACAAGAAUCUCAUGAGUUGAUGUUUUAUUGAUUGAUUAAUACAGCCUUAGAGUAAUUUAUAUAUGGACAAUUAAACUUUAACUGAAA